CUGACAGAGGUUCCCGCGGCAGUGGGUCCUGGCAAGACGAGCGUGAUGGAGGUGGAGGUGGGCGUGCCCCGAGGCGUGAGCCAUCUAAUGGGCGUGGUCGUCACGGGCGCCCCAGAAGACGUGUCCCUGUGCUCGGCUCAUGUCACCUUCGUGGGGGACCUCAUGCCAUGUCUCAAUGGCUCAAAGGCCUCCACUCAGCCACUGAGCAACGGACUCCUGUUAGACCUCGGCCGCGUGUGCCGCGUUGAGCAACAGUUAGUAGAUGAACAUGUAGAUGUUGAUAUCAUUAAGGUGAAGGUCGCUUUCCUUCCUGUCAACCCAGAUGCGUCGACUUUACAGUUUACUGCCGAUGUGCUUUAUGAUGGAACCGCUCAAGAGCUGGCAGCCGUUUCUCCUGUUAUUCCCAUCGACGCCAACAUUUCCUUGGGGGUAAGCAACGGAAACCCCAUUGUCACUGGCGGUGUUUUCAAUGACUCUGUUAUCAGCGUAAAGGAGACGUCCACCGCCAUCUUCAACAUCACAAUCCCGGUGGGCCAGUCGAUUCCCCUUCGAGCUGUACUGUCAACUUCGCCGGCAGAAGGAAGGUCCAGCUUCCUUCUUAGCAACGUCCGGAUCGUCUAUGCUGGCAGGAACGUGGAGUGCUCGCUGCCGGCCGCGGAGGUUGCCCUGGCUAAUGGAGGCAUGGCGGUCAGUGGCUCGUAUUUUGAUGACGAAGUUGAUAUCAUCAGCCUUGACUUUGGCAUUAUAACGAACACAGAGGAACGUGCUUACUAA